GCAGUAGACACACGCCUGUACCGAUGAGUGACCUCUAGGACCGUCAUAGCUGCAGGAUCUCAGCACAGCCCCACCAAUCAAAUCUGGGCAAUGUCCCAAGGUGCAAAAUAACAGUAUACAUUGCGACGGACGGAAAAGGGUGGAGAGCAAUGUGGAGAUAGUACACAGACUCAACCAUCCCGACACGAUUGUUCAUGUGAAACCUUUGAGGACGAACGCGGAUAAGAAUGUCAGUGGCCGGACUGAAGAAACAGUUUCACAAAGCAAGUCAGUUGCUAAAGGAAAAGAUCAAUGGAGUUGAGGGAACAAAACUGGAUGAGGAAUUCCUCAACAUGGAGCGGAAAACUGAUAUUACCCACAAACUGAUUCUCGACCUUGUUCCAAAAACUAUAGGAUAUCUUCAGCCAAACCCAGCAUACAGAGCAAAGCUCAGCAUGCUCAGUACAGUGUCCAAAAUCCGUGGGCAGGUGAAGUCUGUGGGAUAUCCUCAGACAGAGGGCAUUCUGGGAGAUUGCAUGCUGCGCUAUGGCAGUGAGCUUGGAGUUGAGUCUGGUUUUGGUUUUGCGCUGCUUGAAAUGGGAGAGGCGUUGAAACAAGUAGCCCAGGCAAAAGACUGCAUGGAUGUCCGAGUGAAGCGAACCUUCAUUGAUCCUCUGCAGUCCCUGCAGCACAAAGAGCUGAAGGAAAUUGCGUAUCAUCUGAAAAAACUUGAAGGUCGCCGUCUAGAUUUUGAUUAUAAGAAAAGACGUAAAGGAAAGAUCGCAGACUCUGAAAUUAAGAAAGCAUUUGAAAAGUUUGAGGAAUCCAAAGACCUGGCCGAGAGAAGCAUGUUUAAUCUCCUAGAGAGCGAUGUACAACGGAUGCAACACCUCUCAGGGCUUUUAGAAGCAGUAAUGGACUACCACAGCCAGUCACACCAGAUUCUUGAAAAUCUCAGGAGUAGUUUGCAGAGCAGGAUAACAGACGCAAGCAAUCAACCCAAAAGGGAAUUUGCAUCUAAAUCAGUUGCGAGCACAGUGUGCUACACGGAUAUUUAUGGAUUUUCCACAUGCUCAUCCGGUCAGUCAUCAGAUACUGCGGUUACUGAAGCUUUGAGUGAAAAAUAUGCACCGGUUGUGGUUCACCCUCCUGACAAAGUCACCAUUAAAGCUCAAACAACAGACAAGCCAACCAGCAACAAUGAUAGCAGCCCCCCCUUGGACCAGCCUUGCUGUCAGGCACUUUACAGUUUCCAGCCAGAAAACCAGGGAGAGCUGGGCUUUAAGGAGGGCGACGUCAUCAUUCUGACCUGCCAGAUCGAUGAGAACUGGUAUGAGGGUAUGAUCAGAGGGGAGGCUGGCGUAUUUCCCAUGAACUACGUCAAAGUCCUUGUACCUCUGCCAUAGUGACGCCGGGAAGGCCCUGCAGCUGGACAACAUGAACUGUGCCAGUUUUUGGAGAUUCUGAAACUUUGAUAAUUUGAUAAAGGUUAAUAUGUGAAGCACUUCUGAGCCCUUGCUGUAUAUUUAUCUAUAUUAUCACUAUGCAAAAUCAAGUAAUCUGCCUUGUAUUCCUUAUCUGAUUAUUUUUUAUGAAUCUUAUAAUGUUAAAUAAAUAUGCUGCUAUAUUAAAGUCUUAAGUAUCCUUUAUGUUAUAUGUCCACUAUGAAUGUAUAUGUGACCCUGGACCACAAAACCAGUCAUAAGUAGCACAGGUAUAUUUGUAGCAAUAGCUACAAUGAUCAAAAUGAUCAAUUCUUCUUUUCUGCCAAAAAUCAUUAGGAUAUUAAGUAAAGAUCAUGUUCCACGAAUAUAUUUUGUACAUUUCUUACCAUAAAUAUAUAAAAACUUCAUUUUUGAUUAGUAAUAUGCAUAGCUGAGAACUUCAAUUGGACAACUUUAAAGGCGAUUUUCUCAAUAUUUAGAUUUUUUGGCACCCUCAGAUUCCAGAUUUUCAAAUAUGGUCAUAUCCUAACAAACCAUACAUCAAUGGAAAGCUUAUUUAUUUAGCUUUCAGAUUAUGUAUAAAAAUUGAUCCUUAUGACUGGUUUUGUGGUCCAGGGUCACAUGAUAAUUUUAAUGCAAUAUGGUCAUACACUGAUUAGUUAUUUUUCUUUUUUUAAUGGCACUCAAAAACAUUAAAUUACUUCUCAGGAGUGAUUUUGUUUUUUCUUCCUUGUCUUUCCUUAAAUAAAUCCGAACAUGCACUGCAUUAAAAUCUUCUAGCCAGUGUUCCGUUGGUCUUAUUGCGAAAUACCUUUUGUUUACUUGAAUUUAAGAGCAUUACAAACGCAUUCCUUCUCAGGCGUGUUUAUUAAUGCAAACUUUGACACAUAACGCAAUGACUUGACCCUCCUCACACUGGCGUGGCGUUGCUGUAAUUCCGAACGCUUCCUGUUUUUGAGCCCAGCGGCGCGCCGUAGUGGCGGUUCCUCACUGGAGCCACGGAUGUUCAAACUUUACUGAUGUGACAAAGUUUUACUUUCAAAUAAAAGGACUCAUUUAUUCAACCAG